AUGCUCCAGUUGAUCCUGCAAAGUGAGUCGCACGGCACUUACGACGAAGCAGGAAGGGCGCAACCUUACGACAAGAAGACCUACCUCGCACUCUACCCCCACUGGCGCAACCCUGAUGACAAGCUGGGUGUGGAAGAAGAAGAGGAGCUGGCGCGACGCGAAGCCGAAGAGCUUCGCCGGAAAAGAGAGCCUCCCCGUCCCCUUCACGGUCGCGUCCGCGUCACCUCCCGUCGCCUCCCGUCCCCUUCCCGGCCGCGUCCGCGUCACCUCCCAUCGCCUCCCGUCCCCUUCCCGGACGCGUCCCCGUCACCUCCGCGUCGCCUCCCGUCGCCUCCCCGUCCCCCUUUCCGUCACCUCCCCGUCCCCCUUCCCGUCGCCUCCGCGUCGCCUCCCUUUGCCUCCCCGUCCCCCCUUCCCGUCGCCUCCGCGUCGCCUCCUGUCGCCUCCCCGUCCCCUUUCCGCCGCAUCCGCAUCGCCUCCCGUCGACUCUCGGUCACCUCCCGCCGCCUGCACCCCUGA